AUGAAAACUGCUGGCGGCGGCCGCAGCUCCCGGCCGAAAGCGCUUCGGGCGAGCGGCGGCGCUCGGGGCUCGGCGGCCGGCGGCAGCCCUGGCCGCCCUCGCCCUGCUCGGCGCUCGCGGUCCGGCCCGCCGCCGGCUUCAGCCCGUCCGGGGCAGGCGCCGCAUACACCAGCGGCCGGGCGCUCCGGGCGGCGGCGGCGGCGGCGCUUCGGCGGAGCAGGACGCGGUGGCCGCGGCGGCGGCGGCUGUUGUCUGCUGGCGCGCUCAACGUGGUGUCAUCGUAGCCAGGCGGCGUCCGCGGCUGCAGGACACUGCGGGAUCGCCCGCUUCUGGCGCGGCCCGCCUGCUCCAAAGACAAAUAAACGGGGCAGAAUGGACCCUUUCCCGGGAGCCAAAACUCGAAGCCCCCGGGAGCGGCGCUGUCAGAGGGUGACGUCGGGGGGCGGCGCCUGCGCCAUAUAUGGGAGCGGCCGCCCCUCGCCGCGCCCCUCGCCGCCGCCGCCGCCGCGCUCGCCGACUGACUGCCUGACGGCGCCGCGAGCCGGGCCGAGCCCCGCGAGCCCCGCGAGCCCCGCCGCCGCCGCCCCCGGCCACGCGCCGCGGCCCCGGGAAGUUGCCCCUAGCCCAAAGACACCCGGAAAAGCAACAAACGCAGCCCCUGCCCAGCCGCGGCGGGGCCCCGAGUGCUCCCCUCAAAACUCGCCACACCGUCAAAACACCAGGGGCGGGGGUGCGGGGCAGCAGAGGCCGAGGCGCCCCCAAGUUGCCCGAACGCACGCCCAGAGCUGCCCGGGGCUGCCGCUGCCCGGGGCACCCCAGAGGGAGAAGCGGGGAGCGGCGGGCCGGCCGCGGGAAGGGGCGCGCGGGCGGGGAGGGCGCCCCGGGCUCCCCGGCUGCGGCGGGACGCGCGGUUCUGCCUGCUUUCGAAGCAGACCCGGGGCUGCUUCGCGGCCGGCCCGCCCCCGUCUGGACCCCGCCGGGCGCCCCACGCUUCCUCCCCCUGUGGAGGCCGCCGAGGGCCGGGCCGGACAUCCACGUCGGACGCAGGUUCCGCCAGGGGCACCCCUCUCCCCCCACGGGCCGCAGGAGACCCCGGUCCCCGGCCCUGCCUUGACGCGCCGCGAGCGACAAAGAAGGCUCUGGCCUCGCUCGGCCGACGGGAAGCACACCCGGCCUCUCCGGCGACCCGGAGCCGGCCGUCCGGCUGCGCGCUGGGCGCUGUGGCCGUGCCUCCGCGGCGCGAGCCGCUGCAGAAGCCGAGCGGGCGCCGCGGGCGCCGGGGCCCUGCCCCGGGAGCCGCCCGGCCUGGGUGACCGCGCGGCGCGCGCGUCUGCUCGACCUGAUUUCGAGGAAUCGGGAAGACGGCCGGGCGCUGGCAGACGCUCGGGCCCGGCGGCCCAGCUCCUGCAGGCGGGACGCGGUGCCCAGGAGUGCGGCCCGCCCAAAGGACCCCCGUCCCCGCCCCCCUCGCCCUGCGGUGGGGAACGCGAGGCGCCCGGUGCCCGGGAGCCGGGAGCAGAGGGGGAACAGGCCGAGCGCUCCCAGGGCGCGGCCGGGGCGUCCAGGGGCCGGGCCGGGCGGGGCCUGCCCUUCGCCGGGGACCCCGCGGGCCGCGGCGGCAGCGGCGAGCGCUCAGGGCCCCGCGCGCCCAACGCGAUUUGCACGGGUGGCCCUCGCGCCGCCGCCGCCGCCGCCGCCUCGGAGGAGAAACCUGCGCUGCCAGGGCUGGGCCCCGGGGGCAGCGGCAGCGACGACCCCGAGCUCGCUCAGCCCUCACCCUGGAAAACCCCAGGGCCCUUCCAGAGGGCUCGAAGCGCCAGGGCGCGCCUCGGCUACCUGCAGCACGAGAAACCAGAGCGAGAAUCCCCGAAUCUCACGCGCGAGCGCUCGGCCUUCCCCCGGCGCGCCUCGGCAACCUCCAAGGUCGCCUUCCCCGCAGGAACGCUCCGGGAGAGCCAGCGAGCUGGGAGCGACAGCUGGCGCGUGGCGGGGUCCCCGGACCCGAGGAGGCCCCGCGCUUCGGCGACGAGCCGCGCACAGAGCCGCCCCGAGGGCUGGCGGGCAGGACGCGCCACCGCCGGCGCCCGGGACGCGGACUCCGCGCCCGCCCGCCCCCACCCGCUUAUAAAGCAAACUUUCCCCAGAGAAGUUUCCAGAUCGAACGGCGCGCAAACUGCGCCAAUCAACACCUAA